AUGGGCAGCGCUACCAUGUUACGAACUUCCGUGGAUGUUUCGUGCAUGCGUCUGUUGGUGAUCGAGGACAACCGCCAGCUGGUGGCCAACCUGUUCGACUAUUUCGAGUCGCGCGGGCAUGUGCUGGACGUGGCCCCGGAUGGCAUCACCGGCCUGCACCUGGCCGGCAGCCACCCCUACGAUGCGGUGAUCCUGGACUGGAUGCUGCCGCGCAUGGAGGGGCCGGAGGUGCUGCGCCGCCUGCGCGCCGAGCACGCCUCGGAGGUGCCGGUGAUCAUGCUGACCGCACGUGACGAGCUACCGGACAAGAUCGCCGGCUUCCGCGCCGGUGCCGACGACUACCUGACCAAGCCGUUCGCCCUUCCCGAGCUGGAGGUGCGGCUGGAGGCGCUGCUGCUGCGUGCGCAGGGCCGCAAUCCGCGCAAGCGGCUGCAGGUGGGCGACCUGGUGCUGGACCUGGCCACCCUGGAGGCGCAGCGCGGCAGCCAGGUACUGCAUCUGUACCCGGCCUGCCGCAAGCUGCUGGAAGUACUGAUGCGUGCCAGCCCCGGUGCGGUCACCCGCCAGCAGCUGGAAUUCGCUUUAUGGGGUGACGAGCCACCGGAUGGAGACCUGUUGCGUUCGCAUGUCUACGAACUGCGCCGCAGCGUCGAUGGCCCGUUCGCUGACAAGCUGAUCCACACCCUGCCGCGGGUCGGCUACCGGCUGGCCGUGACUUCGGCCAACGAUCCGGCCAGGGAAGACGAUGAAGGCGCCGUCGGCAACUACGUGCAUGAGCACGCCGAGCAUGCGGCCUGGCGCGCGCUGCUCAACUCCGAACUGGACAGCAUCGUCGACCAUACCGAGCACGAGCCGCAUUACCGCUGGCAGGACUCGGACACGCUCAGCCUGUUCCGUUUCGAUGAAGGCAACAUGCCCGAGAGCGUGCGCACGCUGCACCCGGGGCUGCACGAUGGGGUACCGAUCAAGGGGCGGCAGACCGCCGUGAUGGUGCGCGACACCGGCUCGAUGGGGCGGGUGGCACUGGCGCUGGACAUCUCCGACUUCCAUGACCUGGAGCAGUUCGCCACGCGCUGGGUGAUGCUGGCCGGGGUGAUCAUGAUCUUCGUCACCGUGCUGAUGGCUUCGUUCGGCAUGGAGCGGAUGGUGCGUCCGCUGAGCCUGCUGGCCCAGCAUAUCGGCGCGCUGCGGCCGGGUGUGCAGGGGCAGCGCAUCAACGUGGACCCGCGCGGCAGUUCCGAGUUGCAUACCAUCGCCGAUGCGUUGAACGACUACCUGGACCGCAACGAGCAGUUCGUCGAGCGUGAGCGGGUGUUCAUCAGUACUCUGCGUUGA